GUAUAAAAGUUAAGCAUUAAAGAAGAAGUAAUGAUUUAUAUGUACAAAUGUGGUCGAGCACAUUGCUCCACUACCUGUACUUCUCCAAAAGUAUUCAAAGAAGCUGAAUAUGGUGAUGGUCAGGGGGGAAGGUGAUGGUUUACUGGAAUAAAAAGGGGAACAGUUCUGCUAUCGUUCCAAAGCGUCAGUGGCAUCAAAAUUACUCAACUGAAUAUGGCAAAAUUUGUGUCUUACUUUCCGUAAUAAUUAAACUAUAAAUUUAAUUGGCCAAUACUACUUACAAUACCAAGUACUUUAAAAUAGUUAUUAUCGUUAUUAUCAGGUUACGUGUUAUGAAUACAACUAAUAAAAGUAUACAAGCUUAUUUACAGUUAGUUUUUAUAAAACUAUAAUAAUAUUCUAACCUUCACAGAAACUAAAAAAGCUAAAAGUCAAAUAAUUAAGAUUUCCAAGAACAAUUGCCUCAUAAAUCUUUAUGAGAACUUGCAGGCUAGUUGUUCAUUAUGAAAUACGAGGAUGGAAGAGGGCAAUAGGAGAUGACAAGGUUUAUCUCUUAAGCAUUUGGACCUGAGUCCCUCUUUAAGUAAAAGAAUAUAACUUGUUAACAAAAACUUUAAGUUUAAUGUUCAUAAUAAUAAAAAUUUUAAGGAUUAUAAGUAAAAGCAAGUGACAUAAUGAUGAUUUUUAACUAUUAAUAAAACUGUAUAGAGUUAAGAAAAUAGUUACAUGUUUUUUUGUGGCUCUCGUGGUAAACAAGAUAGCAAUAAGAAUAAAACUUUUGGUUAUUGGCUCUGGUGACCAGUUACUGUAGGGGUAAAAAUUUGUGUUUUUAAACUUUAUGUGUGCAGAAAAAAACUGUAGUAUAAUGGUAAGACUUUAUACAGCAUAUAAAUUCCAACUUACAUUCAAAAUUUGAACUAACCUGUAAAGCUCAUAGAAAGUAGGAUGAUUCUACCUACUUUCUAGACAUUAUACACUUUUUCUUUUGACUACAUAAGUGAAAACUAAUUAAACUGAAAACAUUAUACAUCGUACAAUAGUUAAUAAAUCAAGAGUCUUAGAACUAUGCAGCAGGACACAAUAAUUCAAGAUGAUAGCAACAGUAAAAAACUCUCAAAUGAUAAUGAAAAUAGUAUUGUUGUUAAUAAUAGCUCAGCAGAAGAUAUAAUAUUCCAAAUGGAUGAAGGUCUUACGCAGAUUGGACAUGUAUUCCAAUCAGCUUAUCAGUCAAUUGUCAGUGGGCAGUCUCAGUAUGGCUCUGAUGAAUUUGGUCACGACUCACCCAGAUAUACAUCACCAAAAGCUACUUCUCUUUAUCCAGAUUCGUAUUACAUUGAUCAAAAUCUAAGCCACACAGGUGCUACAGAUUCUUGGCCUGGAGAAAGCAGUAGUAUACAGCCACCCUACAACGGGUACCCGCCAACGCACCUUCCACAACAAAAUUACAGUAUGCACAUACCACACGAUUCUAUGGCGUACUCGUCUAUGUCGCCAAGCACUGAAACACAGACACGAUCUAUACCAGGAACCAUAGUUACGUCUGUUGCUACACUGCCUCCAAUGUCAACACUACGUGGCUGUGUUGCUGUUCCUAACAACCAAGCCCGGGGUGCAGUCUCACCAGUGCCACUUCAGUAUAAUCAUGGGUCUAGUGUCCCAGUAAGUACGAGUGUAACGAUGACAAUUGCCUCUACCAACCAGCCAGUUGUACCUCAGAGAUCACAACAGCCACCACUCAUGCCACAACAAGUACAAGCACAGUCAGCACCAUCAUCAUCUAACCAGGAAAGUCUUGGAAAGACUCUUUCAUCCGUUAUUUAUACAGCGGAACAAACGGGAGCCAAUUUCAGCAAUUCAACGACACCUGUUAACUCACCUCCUUCGCUAAGUAGCUCAACUCCAGGUUGGACAUCAGGGGGAGCACCUAUUUCCCCUCACGUGGCAACGGACUCAAGUCGAGGUUCAUCUUCUUUGUACAUGGGAGCUCGAUUAGAGGAACCUUACCACAUGGACGAUGCUAUUAAUGUUUUAAGAAACAUCGCUGAAAAUCAACCUGACCUUCACAUUGGAGCUGUUGGUCCACAGAGCACUAUUUACAGACAUUCAUCACCAUCUCAUCCCUUGGGACCUGCACAUCCACCAGAAACACCAUCUCAAACACAGAGCUCAUAUCCUGGACUUAAUACAGCUUCCGAAACUGAUAGUUCUGUUAACAUUGACAGGAUAUCUAUUCCUAACAGUAGUAAGUUAACACAAACUAUUAAAAAAUCUUUCGUUUACAAGUAUUUACAGGAAAUCGGUUACACUGACACAAUAAUAGAUGUACGAUCAAACAGGGUAAAGUCCCUACUCGGUUUGAAUAACAACACUGACUCAGAAGAAACAAAUACUCAAGGUUUAACAGGAAAUCAGCGCUGUAAUUUAAGCUCUAAGCUUCGUACAUCCGCGGGAGUCUGUCGUCCGACAAGUAUGGCCGAGGCUAUGAUUAUGAAAACAGAAGCAGCUGUGAUGGCGAAUUUCGAAUUUCUUGCCCAUACAGAUAUUGACAUUGAAGAAGACGAAAAUGACGGUGAAGAGGAGAUUUAUGACUCAAAUACAGACUCUAAGCAAAAUAAAACGUCUAUUAUGUUAGGAGAAGAUGUUGACGCAGAAGCGGAAGAAGUUUUAAACGAAUUGAAUCUUUUAACGGAACAUGAAGAAGCAAUUAUACACGUAGAUAUGGACACUAGUAAUUGGAAUGCAGUUCAUAGAGGAAUGCAAUCGGAUCCCAGACGACCUGGCGAAGAAAGUGGAUCGUCAUUGGGCUUAGGUGAAUUAGCUCAGUUAACUGUCAAUAAUGAUGCCGAAGCAGCAUAUGAUAUACAGGCAAAUAAUGAAGAACCACUUAGAAAAUCAUGGAACGCAAAAUAUACUCUACGUUCGCAUUUCGAUGGUGUCAGAGCACUCGUUUUUCAUCCAACGGAGCCAGUUUUAAUAACUGGAAGCGAUGAUCAUACACUUAAACUAUGGAAUCUUCAAAAGACUGUUCCUGCAAAAAAGUCAGCAUCAUUAGAUGUAGAACCAUUGUACACAUUUAGGUCGCACACAGGGCCUGUUUUAUGUUUAGCGAUGGACAACACGGGAAGUCACUGUUAUAGCGGCGGACUGGACAGCAAAAUACACUGUUGGACACUACCGCCGGCUAACAUAGAUCCUUACGACUCGUACGAUCCUAGUCUGCUUAGUCAAACGUUCACGGGACACACGGACGCCGUUUGGGGCUUGAGCAUGUGCCACUCUCAUUCGCAACUGCUGUCUGUCAGUGCGGAUGGUACCGUCAAGCUCUGGAGUCUCUCUAGCAAAGUUCCGCUACUCAACACUUACACAUCUGAGCGAGAUAGGAAUCCUACAUCGGUAGAUUUCAUAAGAGACGAGCCGCACAAGCUGGUCGUUGCGUACGAAGAAGCGUGUGUAAUUUAUGAUGCCGAGACAGGCGUGGUUGUAUCGAGAUUGUCGGGCAAUGAAAUUCAGGGCGUUAAUCGACUUGUGGCUCAUCCCAUACUUUCACUGGUCGUGGCGGCCAACGAAGAUCGUCAUAUUCGUUUUUAUGAUCACCGUUCCGCCAGCCUCGUACACGCAAUGGUGGCGCAUUUGGACGCUGUUACUAGUCUUGCUGUAGAUCCUAAUGGUCUUUAUUUACUUUCUGGAAGUCAUGAUUGCAGUAUAAGGUUGUGGAAUAUGGAUAAUAAGACUUGUGUCCAAGAGAUAACAGCACAUCGUAAAAAGUUUGAUGAAAGUAUUUUAGACGUAGCAUUUCAUCCUUCGCGGCCAUUUAUCGCAAGUGCAGGCGCCGAUGCUCUCGCCAAAGUAUUCGUGUGAAUACCAAAAUCAGAUCGGUCAAACUGUCUUGGUCUGAGUCAUUUAAUGGUUUUUGUACUCAUAUUUUUUGUAGAUUUACGUGUACGCAUCACACUUCCAAAUCCGUUUUAAAUUAAGAUAUUAUUAUUAAAAAAAUAGAAGUAACUUUUUAGAGGAAAAAAAAAAAAGAAAAAUAAACAAAUACCUUAUUAAAUGUUCAGAUACACAGCAUAAGGUACGAUUAUUGUAUAAUUUUCAAAAUUAAAACUAUUUCAAGUUGAAUCAAUUUUUUGUUAAUAAAAAGAUCACUUGUUGGUAGACAUCCAGUGUGAAUGUGAAUUUGCAUAUAUUAUAUAUAAAUAUAUAACACUACGAUCUGCCAUUCCUCGUUUAAACAAACGCAGCCGUUAAAAUCGUUCAGUGAUUUCGUCUUCUGUUAUUUACGGAAACAAUGAAUUUUAGUCAAGGAUAUUACGUGCAUACAACUCUUAGUUGUGCCUUGGAUUAUUUUAUGAAUAAUAGUACAAAACAUUGAAUACGAAAA